AUGUACAAAACACUUCUUGUGACGGCACUGAUCAGCUGUGGCGUGAUAGCAGUCACUUUCCUUGUUCCCAAUUUCGACUGGAUCAAAAUGACACAGGUAGAUCCAACUAAAGAGUACGAAAGAGAGACAAUCAGUUUCACGACGCUACUGAUAUUUACCAUGGCAUUUCCACCACUGCUGAUAUGGCCACUAAUCAAUAUUGAAUCAGAAUGUGGUCUAAUUAACAGGAAUCUCUAUCUGUUGUCAUUCUAUACUUCACUUACAGCGAAUCUGGCAACAAGUGAAUCCAUCAAGGUGAUCGUAGAGAAAAGACGACCUGAUUACAACUCACGUAUUAUGUACAGUAAGACAAUAACCAACAACCUGAAAAGACAAAAGGUAGAAAAAGAAGGCACCAAGAGCUUCCCAUCAGGCCACUGUGCCACUGGCUUCUCGUAUACGAUACUUACGCCUUAUUUCCUAAAGAGAGAAGGAAAUCCUACAAUAACAAGUGUGUUAUCAUUUAUGAUUCUAUCUGUAGUAGGCGUGAUACUGGCAAUGACCAGAAUAGCAGACAACAGACACGAUAUCGUAGAUGUCAGUGUUGGAAUAGCAGUUGGGGUUCUGGUUUCAUUGGGCGUGCUUGUUGUACUACGCAACAAGUUGAACCUGACAAGAGAGCUUGAGAAAAAUAAGCAGCGAAAUGUAUCUGAUCAAAAUGAGCUGUAA